GUCGACAAUCGCGUGCUUACAAGCAAUCGCAGAAGCGGUGGAAAGCAUGUUAACCCCUACCUCGGGUUCUGGAUCCCUAACCAGCGGCGCAUUUUAAGCUCACAAAGACAUUUGCCGAGACUGUUUACCUUUCUCCGGACAGGGUGGAGUUAAAGACAGCCGCCACAGAUGCGAUGGCGACAGAUCGACCAUUACAAAAGAUGAGGCUCCCUCGCAACAGGUCGAGGUGUGUAACUGUCGCUUCAAGUAUCUAGCCCCUCGCCAUGGCUCCCUCCUUGAAGAGUAUUCGUUUCCACCCAUGGUACAGCGUUUCUGUGGUUGCAUGGCUAGCAUUCUGCCACCCGGGCAUGUUUUCUGCCCUGAAUGGUCUUGGUGCUUCGGGUGAAGAAUCAGCCGGACUAUCGAAUACCGUGAAUGCUGUCACAUUUGGUGCUUUGACCGUUGGAGGAUUUUUCACUGGUAUCAUCUGCAAUUACAUCGGCUUUCGAUGGACUUUGGUGAUUGGUACACUUGGCUAUGCUCCUUAUGCAGCCGCGCUGUACACCAAUGCAGCUUUUGGUAACACAUGGUUUCCUAUACUGGGCGGUUUGACCUGCGGUGUCAGCGGGGUUCACCUUUGGACGGCAACCGGAGCCGUUAAUCUUGUCCUUCCGCCGGUUUCCCAGCGAGGUCGUGCGGUGGCCACAAAAUUCACAUUGCAGAACUUUGGUGGUUUCAUUGGAGGUAUUCUCGCAUUUGGUCUUAACGCCUCGGGUAGUGUUAAGGGGCGUGUUUCUGAUGCAACCUACUUUACUUUCAUGAGCAUCAUGUGUCUUGGUCUCCCGGCCGCACUUACGGUUCCACGACCUGAACAAGUUGUCCGAUCAGAUGGCUCAAAGAUUGCAAGCCAUAAGUUCCAAUCUCUCCGCGAAGAAUUUAGGGGAUUGAAGAAGAUGUUGAGCAGUUCAAACUUUUUGUUGCUGCUGCCAUUUUUCCUAUAUUGCCAAUGGGAUCUGUCUUACAUGUGGACAUGGAAUGCCGUUUACCAUAGCGUCCGGGCUCGUGGCUUGCUGUCUGCCUUUUUCUACCUGAUCGGACCCACCAUUAUUGGUCCAAUCCAGGGCUAUCUGCUCGACAAGACAUCAUGGUCGCGCCGAAAACGAGCCAGGAUCGGGUCCGUUUUGUUUGCAAUCACCUCCGCGCUGAUUUGGAUUUUCGGUCUUGUGGUUCAAUAUCAGUAUGACCAUCGUGAUCUGACAGUGGCCAUUGAUAUCGUUGACCCGGUUUUUGCGAAGUCAUUCCUCCUCUUUGUCCUCUAUGGGCUCCUGGAAAACUCAUCCAUGGUCGUCAUGUAUUGGAUUCUCGGCUCUCUUGGUCUGUCAGCAGGCGAAGUCGCGUCACUGGUUGGUCUUGCCGUGGGUCUAGGCUCUGCUGGAUCGACUGCAGCAUUUAUCAUCGGUGCGAAGAACGUGGCGCUGGUCUGGCAGCUUUGGGCGAAUGUUAUUACAUUCCUCAUCGGAAUACCAGGCUUGUUGUAUGUUGCCUGGUUUCGCGUCGUGGAAGAUACAGUGGUGGAUGCGGUGACUUCUAAGAGGCUGGAGAACGAGCCAUCAUUGUCUGAAGAGAAGUCGCGGAACUCUAUCGAGACCAAUUUGGUUCCCGGUGUUGGAGCGGAUGUGAUCGUCUCGGGCUUAGUGAGGCAUUCCAAAGAGCUGACUGAACCGAAGGUGACAAGUGUGAAGUAUUAAAGAGAGAAGUCCUGUCACUCACGGCUUGUCGUCAAUGUUGAGAUAGGCCAGUCUCUUGGAAAGGUCUCAACCUCCAAAGGGUCCUUGGGUUAGUGGCUGCGAUGGCACACGAAGCGUUGGUGCGCAAAUUGGGCUAGCAUGAUUUCCAUGGUACAGACACUGAUGUGACCGGCUAGCUCACUGAUGGCAUCAUGAAGAACCUCCCUGUAGGCCCUGUCGGUAGUAGCAAGUGUCAAGGUGGGCACAUUAUCUGUCAGGAACUGAGAGACAGGAAACAUGACCAGCAGACUAUGCUACAAUAUAUCUUCCUUAACAGCAA